UUCACCCCUCCCCAACUACUCCCUGCCCUCCCACAUACGCUUCUUCAAAGGAAACAGAGCAAACCCAGCACGAUACCCUCAAGUGCGGCCAAGAUCGUCAGACAGGCUACACCUCCGAGCAGAGCAGCGAUCCAUCCAGCCCCGAUCAUGGAUUCGCCUCACCACAAGGUGAUCAGGGUCGCUUCAGCAGCGGCGGCGGAGGGAGGGAGGAUGUGCUGCGUUGAAUGCCGCACCACCACCACUCCCAUGUGGCGCAGCGGACCUACCGGGCCGAGGACGCUUUGCAACGCGUGUGGGAUCCGGUACAGGAAGAAGAGGAGGCAAGAGCUAGGUCUCGACAACAAGCAGCAGCCGCAGCAACAGGACCAACAACAACAGGAGCAGCAGCAACUACAACAACAAAGAGAAGAUAACACUGAGGUAACAAGUGCAGUCAAAGACAGCAGUACAACGACCACCAACAAAAGUAGCAAUCUCCAAGUGGUGAAAAAAAGGAGGGUCUCCAUGGGAGUGGAGGAGGCUGCAUUUUUGCUUAUGGCCUUGUCAUCCCCAUCUUCACCCACAGUAUUGCAUGCCUAACGCUCCCCUUGUUAUUGCUCCGCACUCGGUGUACAUACAUGACUGCAGCAAAACAGACCAGCAAGCGAUUCCAAACCAGUCAUACAGCUUUCCUGGAUGGAUUAACGGAUGGAGUUAGCAGGGGAAGGAUGUCUCUUCCAGGAUCAUGAUGUUGAUGUGAGGGGAGGCUGGAUUUUGUGUUUUGGAUCCAUCUGCGCCGAAGAUCUUCGGCCGUGUCAUGUGUCACGU